AUGGUAUCAGUCAUGGAUCUCCUACCGUUUGCAGUAGCCUUGGUCGCCAUUGUGGGUGGCUACCUGGUAUACUCCAGCAGCAGUAGCGCACCCCGCAAAGUGCUCAAGCCCACCGAGUUCCAGGAGUUUGAACUCGAGCACAAGCAAGUCAUCUCGCAUAACACGGCGAUUUACCGCUUCAAGCUGCCCCGUCCAACUGAUAUCCUCGGCCUCCCCAUCGGCCAGCACAUUUCUCUCGCCGCCACGAUCCCCGGCCAGCCCAAGGAAGUCGUCCGCUCGUACACCCCCAUCACCUCCGACGAAGACAAGGGCCAUGUCGACCUCAUCAUCAAGUCAUACCCUACCGGCAACAUCUCCAAAUACGUAACCGAACUCAAGAUCGGCGAUAAGAUGAAGAUCCGAGGCCCCAAGGGCGCCAUGGUAUACACCCCCAACUUGGUCAGACACUUUGGCAUGAUUGCCGGUGGCACGGGAAUCACCCCAAUGCUGCAAAUCGCAAAGGCCAUUAUGCGUGGACGACCGACUGGUGACAAAACCGAGGUUGAUCUCAUCUUUGCCAACGUCAACUCCGAGGAUAUCCUGCUCAAAGACGAACUCGAUGCCCUCGCUGCAAAGGACCCCAAGUUCCGCGUUCACUAUGUGCUCAACAACCCGCCUGAAGGCUGGACCGGAGGCGUCGGCUUUGUUACCGCUGAUAUGAUCAAGGAGAAGCUUCCAGCCCCAGCCAAGGACGUCAAGAUUCUAAUUUGCGGUCCUCCGCCUAUGGUUGCUGCUAUGAAGAAGGCGACAGAAAGUCUGGGAUUCGAGAAGGCGAGACCCGUUAGUAAACUCGAGGAUCAGGUUUUCUGCUUCUAA